UUGAGGAUCAUUGCACAACUCAACAGCAUUUUAAAUGUGUUAUGGAUGACAAAGACGAAGAUAUAAACUCCUUUGACCUGAGCCUUCCUGAGGAGGGUCCAUUUGCUCUGCCCCCCGGCUGGCUGGACAAUGUGACAGGCUAUGAGGAAAAUAAAGGGGGAGACAGUACAGAACAAAUCUAUCCUCCUCCAACAGACUUUGUUCCUCAGCCUGAAAAUAACAAAAAUGCAUUAGUUCCAAACAUAAUGGUGCCAACUGUCUCAGAAGAUGUUGCGAGAGAUGCUCUUCUGCAGUUUGUGGGUAAAAAGUGGGCAUACAGCAGCAAGCCUGCGAAAAAUCUGAUCUUCAAAGACUUGAAUCCUUUUACAGUUUACCGUUACCGCCUGGAAACAUUUACCGAGUCCAGAUCAAGUGCAUGGGAAUCAGAGCCACACACAGGUCAGUUUGUAGAUGGUCCACAGAAUGGAGUGAGUCCUCCACCGUGGCAUGUCCAGGUGUCCUAUCCACCCAAAUUCACUGAUGUUAUUCAGAAAGUCAGGGUGCCACACUCUUCAUUCAUAAAGCCGUGCCACCGAUGUCAUGGUAAUGGACAAGUGAGGUGUACAAACUGCCAUGGACAAGGACUGACUCGCUGUAUGUUUUGUCAUGGUUUUGGUCACAGUCGCAACCGACGGUGCACAAACUGCCAUGGACGAGGAAGAAAAAGGUGUGUCUCAUGUCAUGGAAAGGGUUUCAAAGUCUGUCUUACUUGUUGUGGCCACAGAAACCUUGUGCAUUUCAUACAGCUCACAGUUACAUGGAAGAACCAGGUGUUUGAGUUUAUACCUGACAGGCUGCCUGAAUUCCCACUAAAUAAGUUUGAGAAGGUGUCUGGGGAAGUGUUCUUUGUUGAUGAAAACCUCCUGGUCUAUCCAGUAGAGGGCUUCCCUGACCAGGACAUCUGCCAGGCCUCAAAAGGAGCAAUCCAGAAUCACCUCCUUAAAUAUUCAGCUGUUAGCCGUAUUCUGCAACAGCGACAAACACUUGAGCUGGUGCCUCUCACUCAUGUUUUCUAUGCUUACAAUGGUAAAGACUAUAAUUACUUUGUUUUUGGGAGAGAAAAUAAGGUCCACACUACCAAAUACCCUGCUUCCUGUAAUAUUUUGUAGUAUCUGUAUUUGUGUUAUAUCUAGGCAAACACCAUAAUCUAAAAAAUUCUAACAGUUUUAUUUAGAUGUCUAUUACAUAUUUUUUGUAAUAUCUCGAUUAAUUGUUAAAGACUAAAUUCUUUGAUUGUAUAUUUUUAUGUGUGACUUUUUGAUUCAAGUAAAAAAAAAAAGAAAAAAAAAAUAUUUAUAUACCACCAAGUUGUCAUAUGUAUGUUUCAUAUUGUGGGUCUAUUAUAUCUGCAUUUGCAAAAUAUGAUUUAUACCCUGAUUGUACAUGUAUAUCACCCAGACAUCUAUUUUGAUGUGUGUGUUUAUAUCUCGAAGACAUAUUUUUGUGUUGUU